CCUAUCUAUAAAUCUAACCCACCUUUUGGCCAAAACUCCAGCAAGGUUGAGUAUCAAAAGACUUCCCCCGUUUCUUCCGACUGCUCAAGAGGAUCUGAAGCUCAAUCUGCAACGGCAAGAAUUCGAAUAGAAAAAAAAGAAAAAAAAGAAAAGAAAAAUGGAAGGGGCUGCUGUCAACAUACCUCAUAAAAGAAGACACAAGGCAAAGGUGACAAUACAAAAGGUGACAAUAAAAAUGACAAAGGUGACAAUAUUUGCAAGGAAGAAGACAUUUCCACGAACGAGUUAUCCUCAAAGGCCUUCUUCCGAACCAGCUAUCGAUCAACAAAGAUCCUCUUCUGCUCCAUCAAUUCCAUCAAGCAGCUAUCAGCAUGUUGAAGUACCUCAAGAAACUAGCGUAGACGCUAGGACUUCCCAAGAAGAAUCGGUGAAGAUAGAUGUAGUAGAGGAGGAAAGCACAAGCCAGCAUAAUGCAAAUGAAUUUCAAACUGAUGACAGGGAGCAAAGAUAUCAAUCGAUAAGAGAUUCCCUCUAUCCAGCUGCAGCAAAAGGUGAUUGGCAAAGCGCUAACGACCUAAAUAAGAAAUAUUCAGAUAUAUGGGAAAUUCCCAUAACAGUGCAGCAAAUGAAUGCUCUUCAAGUUGCAGUUACAACAAAACAGACCGCUUUUGUAAAAGAACUGUUGAAUUGUAUGACUGCAGAACAGUUAGAAUUCAUAAACAACAAUGGAGAUACCGCCCUUGCCAUUACUGCUUUGUCAGGAAAUGUGGAAAUUGCUAAGAAGAUGGUGAAAAUGAACAAUAAACUGCCAAUGAUCCGAAAUAAACAAGAACUUCUACCACUUCUCAUAGCAGCUAUGCACAGAGAAAAAGACAUGGUGUUAUAUCUAUACGGUGUGACAAAAUUUGAAGAAUUGACUUUUGAUGAACGCAUUAAGCUCCUCUUACAAGUUAUUUUCUGCGAUUUGUAUGAUAUAGCACUGGAAAUGCUGAAAAAAGAUUCAUCAUUAACAAUUGCCGAGGAUAAAAGUGGGGGUACAGCAUUGGAACAGUUGGCAAGAAAACCUAUUGCAAUUGGGAGUAGAAGUCACAUGUCAGUCUGGGAAAGAUGCAUAGGCUACUGCUUUAAAGGCGUCUAUCAAAAAGCGUUGAUGCGGGCAUAUUCUCAUCAAUUAGUUGAAGCCAUUUGGACAGAUGUUCGAAAGUUGCCAUCGGAGCAGUUUAUCAAAUAUGCCACUACAAUUUUUUGUGCUGCUAAGUUAGGGAAUGUUGAAUUCCUAACUAUACUUAUACGCAAUAAUCAUGACCUCAUUUGGAUGCUUGAUGAAAACAAGCAAAAUAUAUUUCACAUUUCUAUUCUUUAUCGGCAAGAGAGUAUAUUCAACCUAAUACAUGAGAUAGGCAUUUUCAAGAAUAUGGUUGCAAACAUUUGUGACAAAUACGGGAACAACAUGCUACACUUAACUGGAAUAUUAGUCGGAGAAUUAGCUCAUGUAGAGAGACUAAAGAUCCUUUCAGGAGCAACACUUCAUAUGCAACGAGAGUUAUUAUGGUAUAAGGAGAUUGAAAAGAUUGUGCCCCUUAAAUUAUUGAAUGCGAAGAAUUGCAACGGAGAAACACCCCAGGAUUUAUUUACAAAAAGAUAUGAAAAUUUACAACAUGCUGGUGAAAUGUGGAUGAGGAGCACGGCAAAUCAUUGCAUGCUUGUGGCAACACUAAUUGCCACUGUGGUUUUCGCUGCAACUUUCACUGUACCAGGUGGCAAUGAAGAAGGAAAGGGAACUCCUAUCUUUUUGGAACAUAAUUGGUUUUUGGUAUUCUUCAUAUCAAAUUCAAUAGCAUUGUUAUCCUCUUCAACUUCGAUAAUAAUUUUCUUGUCAAUUCUCACAUCUCGUUACACAGAAAUGGAUUUUCUCAGUACAUUACCUAGAAGAUUGAUGCUUGGACUACUCGCGCUCUUCAUCUCCAUAGUAGGCAUGGUUGUAGCCUUUGGUGCAACCUGCUUUUUGGUAUAUCAGCACAAAAUGACAAAGGUUCCUAUUGUUAUAAUUGCUUUAGCUGGUGUCCCAAUUUCCACUUAUAUUCUGCUACAUUAUGAACUUUUGGUUGAUAUAAUCAGCUCAACAUUCUUGUCUAGAUUUCUUUUCGGGUCCCGUAAACGUAUGUUUUGCUAGAAAGUGGAAGAUGUCCACUCCAAGUGUCCAACAAUUGAGCAGUAGAAAGAAUUGCCAGAGGUAAUCAAUGGGUUUUUAUCAAGGAGGGCCAAGGAAAGAAUGAUCAAUUGCCUUGACUGUAGUAAAUGUGACACUUAAUAAGGACUUUCAUUUGUCAUGUGAUGUAAUAUUAUAUACCUCUCUUUUGACCUCCAUUUCACCCAUAAGUGAUAUAUAUCCUUAUGUGCUCUCUCUUUCCCUA